GCGGACUACAAGUCCCAGUGCCUUUGGGCGCGCGGGGGCGGUGUGCGCGCAGAAACCCCGGGUUGAGGGGUCUCCUCGGAGCUCUGGGCAGGACCCUGGCCCCUCUCUGCGUCCUGAGGGCCGGCCUGGAGUGCCCAGCUUCGGAGUACUGCCUAGACUUUGAAUCAACAGACUACAUUGGCGGCCUCUCCUUUUGACUAUGAAGCUGGUGACAAGUCAUUUGGCCUUUCCCAGGGCCUCACUCACUACAUCUGUGGGAGGUGGAAAGCAACACCCAGGCCAGAUGAAGAAGACCUGUAAGCACUAAGAAGGUUCAAGGGAAGCAGUGAAGAUGUCUAAUGAGCCACCCCCUCCUUAUCCUGGGGGCCCCACAGCCCCACUGCUGGAAGAGAAAAGCGGAGCACCAUCCACCCCAGGCCGUACCUCCCCAGCUGUGAUGCAGCCCCCACCAGGCAUGCCACUGCCCCCUGCAGACAUUGGUCCCCCACCCUAUGAGCCACCAGGUCAUCCAAUGCCCCAGCCUGGCUUUGUCCCCCCCCAUAUGGGUGCAGAAGGUGCCUACAUGGCUCCAGGUUUUUACCCUCCUCCAGGUCCUCAUCCACCCAUGGGCUACUACCCCUCAGGACCAUAUCCACCAGGGCCCUACCCUGGCCCUGGGGGCCACACGGCCACAGUUUUGGUCCCUUCAGGGGCUGCCACCACGGUGACAGUACUGCAGGGAGAGAUCUUUGAAGGCGCACCUGUGCAGACUGUGUGUCCCCAUUGCCAGCAAGCUAUCACUACCAAGAUCUCCUAUGAGAUUGGACUGAUGAACUUUGUGCUGGGUUUCUUCUGCUGCUUCAUGGGGUGUGAUCUGGGCUGCUGCUUGAUCCCCUGCCUCAUCAAUGACUUCAAGGAUGUGACACACACAUGCCCCAGCUGCAAAGCCUACAUCUAUACAUACAAGCGCCUGUGCUGACGGAGCCAGACUUGGACUCAUCUGCCUGUCAGUCUAGCCCCAUGCUUUGCUCCCCGCAUUCAGUGGUCAUUUUCCCCAUCACUUGGGGUAGUAAGCCGUGCCACUGUCCCCUGAAAAUCCUGUCCUCUUUGCCUUGCCCUAACCUGAGCAUCUGACUCUUCCAGCAAAAGUUCUGUUGGAUUUAAGGCCAAGGGCCAAUAGGUGGCAGGGGCAGUAGCACUAAGCUUGUGUGUUGCUGCUGGUUUGAUUGACAUCUGUGAUC